ACGUUCUCUCUGUUGACAUUUUCCCGGGAGUGACCUUUACAGCCACAGUUUCCAGCAGGGAUAUAUCGCGAUUAUUCUUUUAUUUGUGACGAUGACAUUCAAUAAGAAGACUCGUUUUGGGAUACUGAGUUAUAUAGCCGAUGAAUGAAGACAGUGAGGUACAUAGUGCUACACCAUGACAGAUGGAGGGCAUGAAUAAACAGAUUCUGGUGGCCAUAAAGAAGAAUGAUGUGGAAAUGCUGUCACAGAUUGCUGUCAUGCGGGGAUGUGAUGUCAACUAUGUGUCUUCUAGGAAACUUACUCCUCUACUCUAUGCUUGUAAACAAAGUUGUGUAUCUACCCUCCUAAUAGAGAAGCUUGUAGCUUGUGGUGCUGAUAUUGAGUACAAAGACAAGGAGGAAAAAACUCCUUUCUUUUAUGCUUGUGCCAAAGGAACCAGGGAACUCAUUCGUACCCUUAUCAGGAUAGGCUGCAACAAAAACAAGCCCAACAUACACGGGGACCGACCUAUACACGAGGCAGUGAUACAUGGAAACACUGAGGCAGUGUUAGAACUUUUAGAUCACGGUAUCGGUAUCAAUGAGGGCAACCGCAUAACUGGUCACACUCCACUACACCUGGCUGUCCUGCACGAGCAAACAAACGUGGUUGACUUACUUCUACAGAAAGGAGCCCCACCUGACAAAGUUACAUCAGAGGGAGAGUCUGCUCUGCAUUAUGCUGUACAAAUAUCUUCCCCUCGCAUUAUCAAACUUCUUGUAGAAAGUGGAGCAGAAAUUGACAAAUUCAACAAUUGUGGAGAGACGCCCUUCAUCAUAGCUGUUCAGGAGGAACGAGUCAAUCAUGCUCGGACACUUGUCAAUUGUGAUUGUGAAAUGGAGAAACAUAGGUACAGCUCUGCCUUGAGUAUCGCCUGUUCUAGGGGAAGUUACAAGAUGAUAAAAUAUCUACUCUCAGAGGGUUACUGUUUACACAAAGACCGAUCGUUCAUGGCUUGUUCAUUCCUGAUGUUGGAAGAGAAACAACCAGAACUUAUGGAUUAUGUCCGAUAUCGCUGCUCCAAUCCUCUUACACUGAAAGAAACGGCUCGUAUCUAUCUGAGGAGGUUGUUUAAAGAUGAACUUAAACAUUCUGUUCCUAACACUGGUCUUCCAACUCAACUACAGCAGUGGGUUGUGUCCGAUAUCAUUUAUUGAGACAAUUGUUUUUAUCAAUUAACGACCAAAUGGAAAUAUUUCUGAAAUCAAUUAUUAUGUGUGUCAAUUUUUACAUUCUUCUUUCCACUUCUGACUGUUUGCAACUUUAUUAGUCAUAUUGGAUUGUAUGUGUUCACAUCAGUAGUAAACUUUGCUUUAAAUAAGUAUAAAUAUUCCACAGGAUAACUUUCCAUAUCUCAUAAAUAAAAUUCAUAGUGUAGGGAAAAAAUAUGAAUGAUGAAGCAAUAGCUCGAAAUACAUAAUUUGUUUGGUCAGUGAUAAGGAUGAAAGUAUUUUUCAGAAAUUGUCACUUGGGAACUAUCUUUGUUUUUUUUUUAAUGUAUAUCUAGAUAUGCAUUAAUGUAAUUGUUUUGUUGAAAUUAAGAUAUUUUCUUGAACACACAAAUCUUUAAACUGGAGAUAUGAACAGUUAUUAGAAUAAUCAUCAAAAUGUUUUGAGAUCAAGAAUGUUAUUUCUAAGCUUCAUUGGUGAGCAAAUAGGAGGAUUACCAUAUCUGCCGAAAGCUUCUUGACAAUUAACCCCACAAAUCCUCCACCCAAUGUUCACUUCACAACCUCACAUAUCCUCCACCCAAUGUUCACUUCACAACCCCACAAAUCCUCCACCCAAUGUUCACUACACAACCCCACAAAUCCUCCACCCAAUGUUCACUACACAACCCCACAAAUCCUCCACCCAAUGUUCACUACACAACCCCACAAAUCCUCCACCCAAUGUUCACUUCACAACCUCACAUAUCCUCCACCCAAUGUUCACUUCACAACCCCACAAAUCCUCCACCCAAUGUCCACUUCACAACCUCACACAUCCUCCACCCAAUGUUCACUUCACAACCCCACACAUCCUCCACCCAAUGUCCACUUCACAACCCCACACAUCCUCCACCCAAUGUUUACUACACAACCCCACAAAUCCUCCACCCAAUGUUCACUACACAACCCCACAAAUCCUCCACCCAAUGUUCACUACACAACCCCACACAUCCUCCACCCAAUGUUCACUUCACAACCUCACACAUCCUCCACCCAAUGUCCACUACACAACCCCACACAUCCUCCACCCAAUGUCCACUACACAACCCCACACAUCCUCCACCCAAUGUUCACUACACAACCCCACACAUCCUCCACCCAAUGUCCACUUCACAACCCCACACAUCCUCCACCCAAUGUCCACUUCACAACCCCACACAUCCUCCACCCAAUGUUUACUACACAACCCCACAAAUCCUCCACCCAAUGUUCACUACACAACCCCACAAAUCCUCCACCCAAUGUUCACUACACAACCCCACACAUCCUCCACCCAAUGUUCACUUCACAACCUCACACAUCCUCCACCCAAUGUCCACUACACAACCCCACACAUCCUCCACCCAAUGUCCACUACACAACCCCACCAAUCCUCCACCCAAUGUUCACUUCCCAACCCACAAAUCCUCCACCCAAUGUUCACUACACAACCUCAUACAUCCUCCACCCAAUGUCCACUACACAACCCCACACAUCCUCCACCCAAUGUUCACUACACAACCCCACACAUCCUCCACCCAAUGUCCACUUCACAACCCCACACAUCCUCCACCCAAUGUCCACUUCACAACCCCACACAUCCUCCACCCAAUGUUCACUACACAACCCCACACAUCCUCCACCAAAUGUCCACUUCACAACCUCACACAUCCUCCACCCAAUGUUCACUUCACAACCCCACACAUCCUCCACCCAAUGUCCACUUCACAACCCCACACAUCCUCCACCAAAUGUCCACUUCACAACCUCACACAUCCUCCACCCAAUGUUCACUUCACAACCCCACACAUCCUCCACCCAAUGUCCACUACACAACCCCACAAAUCCUCCACCCAAUGUUCACUACACAACCCCAUACAUCCUCCACCCAAUGUCCAUGCCAUAUAUCAGAAGGCAUCAGUAUGUUUCCCAAGUAUUAAGUAUGUUUUUGAUGAUGACACUAUUGUUUGAAGUUUGAAAAUAUUAUUCAACAGAGAGCUUUAUACUUGUAGAUAUAUCUUCUCUGUUGCCAAAAUCAAUUUCGUUUUAGGUGAAAUGUGUAUUAAAUGUUAUUGUUUUAAGAACACAUGGAGGCCUGAUAUAGUUUAAAAGAUCAAUCACAGCAUUUUUUUAUAUAUAUAUAUUAGAUUGUUAUUUUUCCUGACAAUGUGAUUUGAUUAGAUUUAAUGAAAUAAUCUUAAUCUAAAAGGGAACAGUAUUUGAAAAGUUGUCUGGAAAGUGACAUACUGGUUAUUAUAGAAUGUAUUAUUGUUUUUGAUGUUAUCCCUAGCUGGCUCGUGGUUUUUAUAAGUAUGUUAUAAAAUACAAUAUACUGUAUUGUUGUAUAUAAUAAAUUCUGUAAGUUCCUA